AGUAGAGUAGAGCUAGACAACUGUUUGCAUUGGCUAAGAGACAUGCCAAUCAUUUACUGGAAGGUGGCGUCUGGUAAAGAUGGCUACCUUGUCUGUAGGCGAACCUCAAGAAAUGGAAGUUGACAGGAGGGGAGAGUCAGAGGAAUCUGGUGAUGAUGAGACGAAGAGGAAGAGCAUCAAUGGAGAGGUGGACCCUCAGCAGUCAUCAACAGAUAAAGAGGAAUCCCCCGUUGAUAUGGACACCAUAACCCUUGAUCCAGAGGAGGAGGAUGUAGAUCUAGUCCAUUGUCGAAUUGGCAAAAUUGAGGGGUUGGAGGUUUUACAAAAGGCAAAGACACUUUCUCUCAGACAAAACCUCAUCAAGCGUAUUGAGAAUCUUGAAAGUCUGGGGUCCUUGCGGGAGCUGGACCUCUAUGACAACCAGAUCCGAAAACUAGAGAACCUCGAUGCACUCACAGAGCUGGAGCAGUUAGACGUGUCCUUCAACAUAUUGAGGAAAGUGGAGGGUUUGGAGCGGCUCACAAAGAUCACCAAGCUCUUUCUCCUUCACAACAAGAUCUCCUCCAUAGCCAACCUUGAUCACAUGACUGACCUAGAAAUGCUGGAGCUUGGGUCUAAUCGCAUUCGAGUAAUAGAGAACCUGGAUUCACUGGCUUCUCUGCAGAGUUUGUUUCUAGGGACAAAUAAAAUCACCCAGUUGCAGAACCUAGAUGGACUACAUAAUCUUACUGUUCUCAGUAUUCAGAGCAAUCGGAUAACAAAAAUGGAAGGUUUACAGUGUCUUGUAAAUUUAAAGGAGUUGUACCUGAGUCACAAUGGCAUCGAGGUCAUUGAGGGUUUGGAAAACAAUAAACGGCUGACGACUCUGGACAUCGCUGCCAACCGAAUUAAAAAGAUUGAAAAUAUCAGCCACUUGACAGAUUUGCAGGAAUUCUGGAUGAAUGAUAAUCAAAUUGACAAUUGGUCAGAUCUUGAUGAGCUUAAGAACGCCAAAGGCUUGGAGACGGUUUAUUUGGAGAGGAACCCUGUACAAAAGGACCCCCAGUACAGACGCAAGAUAAUGUUGGCCUUGCCCAGCGUUAGGCAAAUUGACGCCACCUUCAUUCGCUUCUAACCUCUUUUUCGCUUGUCUCCCAAAGCCAGUUUCACCUUCCACCUUGUCUCCAAACACACCUCUGGUCUUAAAAACACACUCCCACUCACUCACUCACUCAUAAUCUCCCUUCACUUAACCCCAUGUACACCUUCCCUAUCACCUUGCUUUGUCUCCAGAUAACACAUUUACAAAGGAACACAUUGCGAUAUGGUCUUCACCUGUGUUCUUGCAAGCUUUUUAAAAUCCAGUCCCCCGUAGUCCACUUCAAAGCUGUUGUUUUUAACAUGAACAGAGAGGUGUGGGAUGGGAAGGACUGUGCUAAUGCCUCCAAGCUAGCGAUAUUAAACCAUUCCUGUGCAUGUAGAUUUGGGAAUGGUGCUAUUGCAUUCCAGCCCACCUCCUGCUUACGUUGGAGCACAAAGUGAGUGUGAUGUAGUUAAGAGUUCAAAGUGUUUUCUCUGAGGAGUUUUUGGACACACACAGACACAUGUACUACUCUGCCGCUGCCGUAGUCUGCAUGUGGCACAAUAAGGUAAUUUUAGUAAUGUCAUUCUGUUCUACUGGUAUACUCUAUGAAUGGCAAUGCACUUUGUUUUAAUUGAAUAGCACACUUUCAUCACAAUAAUAAUAAUAAUAAUAAUAAUUAUAUCUGUUAUAAUGAAGGAUUUUCUCCACAUUAUUGUACAGCAUGGUUGUAUGGGUGAAAACUGACCAGAUUCAGGCAGUGAUGCAGGAGAGGAUCCACAGUCUAAGAGUGGCUCAGGUAUUUAGUGUUGACUUGUAAGGAGUUAUGUUCUGUAUAACAAUGUACAGUACAGAAAGAAAGAGAUUCAUUCCGCUUUCCUUUUGUUGUGACGAGCAGGUAU